AUGUCGUUCCCCAUGGCGAGCCUUGAUUCGGCAAAUCUGCUGUCCGAGGCCGCUUUUGGCUGUGAACACCUUGCGGCAUAUCUCAACAAAGACGAGAAGAUUGCCAGCCAAUUCAGGAGUGCCUUCCGCAGUAAAGACAGAUCGCUGGCACCUUAUUCCAAGACCGACACUGUUGCUGUCCAGACCACUGGUCUUCGGACUGUGGAGUCUCUGAAGCCAAAAUCCCACUGCCUGAGUUGCCCUGAAGUAUGCUUGGACAGUGAGCGACAGGCACAUACCACAGAAACUGGACACGCUUUUUACAUUGAAUCACGCACACGCUUUUUGCACUGCCAGAAGUGUGGUGAUUUCAUCUAUGAUCAUGGUUUGGAAAGACUCCGAGGGCCAGCAGGAAAGUCCCAAAUCGCUGAUGGCCGAUCUAUUUGGGCCGAGGACUCGGCCUCAGAGCUCUAUGUCAAAAACAAUGCCUACAAGAACCCGUGCGCUAAGCGUGGGGCCCGAGGUGUUUGGAACAUGGGCCAGACUUGCUACCAGGCUGUCAUUGUUCAAGCAUUGCUUCACGAGCCCAGCUUGAAUGCGUUCUUCCUCGCUGGUGGUCACGACGUUCACACCUGCCAAGAGAAAAACUGCUUAGCCUGUGGGACCGCCGAGGUCUUCAUGGAGUUCAACAGCGGCGAGAGGAACGAAGCGGUCUCUGCUGCCACUCUUUUGUACAAUGGUUGGGAAAUUUCAAAGGAAAUGGCUGGAUAUCGCCAGCAAGAUGCCCACGAGUACUUCCAGUUCCUCGUCAACGGUCUCCAUUCUUCCACUCCUGGGCACACUGAAGCUCACAACGAAAAGUGCAAAUGCUUCUUCCACCAAGUUUUCUACGGAGAGCUACGCAGCAGCGUCAAGUGUCAUAAAUGUGGCCAAACCACCAACACCGAUGACCCCAUGGCCGAUCUGAGCCUUGACGUUCAACAACAAUCGAAGAAACGUAAACUCGGUCGCUCGACCGCAUCUACUACCGGAACUUUAUUAGGCUGUUUGGAUAGCUUCACAGCCUCCGAAGAUCUCAAUGCUGACGCCGCUUACCACUGCGAGAAAUGCGGAAACACUCCUCAGCGUGCCUCAAAACGUCUCCAAAUCCGAAAACUCCCUGUCAUUCUCUGCAUGCAACUCAAGCGAUAUGAACACAACUCCUCCUCAUCCGAAAAAAUGACUGGUCACAUUGAUUUCCCUCUUAGUCUGAACAUGCUCCCCUACACUGUGAGGAAAGACAAUCUUCCAGUGGAUAUGUCCAAAUACGUCUACGACCUUUCGACUGUCAUUGUGCACGAGGGAACAAUGGACACUGGACACUAUUUUGCAUACACUCAUAUUGGAGACGACAAGUGGGUCCUCAUGGACGACAACAAAGUCACUGUCGCCGGUGUCGCCGACGUGCUUCGCCAGGACGCCUACCUCCUCUUUUACAGCCUUCGUUCUCUCCGCAGCGACAGCAAAGCUAAAUAG